CAGUUUCAUAAAUAAUAAUACCAUCCUCUCUCUAUUUAUAUGACCCCCAUUGCUACAAAUAUUAUUAUUUAAUUUAUUUAGAUAUUAUGAUGUUAGCAAUGGAAGAAGUACUUUGUGAACUUAGUGAUCAUGAAAACAAAAGAGAGCAGCAAGGUCUCCCACCAGGUUUCAGAUUUCAUCCCACUGAUGAAGAACUAAUAACAUUUUAUUUAGCUUCAAAGGUUUUCAAUCCAACAAAUUUCAGUAGCAUUGUGAAGUUUGCAGAAGUUGAUUUGAAUAGAUGUGAGCCAUGGGAACUUCCAGAAGUGGCAAAGAUGGGUGAAAGAGAGUGGUAUUUGUUCAGUUUGAGAGAUAGAAAAUACCCAACUGGACUUAGAACUAACAGAGCCACUGGUGCUGGUUACUGGAAAGCAACCGGCAAAGAUAAGGAGGUUUACGCUGCUGCUGCUUGCACUGGAUCCUUGCUCGGCAUGAAGAAAACACUUGUUUUCUACAAAGGUAGGGCCCCACGCGGUGAAAAGACCAAAUGGGUCAUGCAUGAGUACCGUUUGGGACCUCACUAUUCUCACAUUCACACUUGCAAGGAAGAGUGGGUGAUAUGCAGAAUAUUUCACAAAUCUGUUGAAAAAAGAAAUUCAAUAAUCCAAGUUGAAGGUGGUUCUUCUAAUAUAUCCCUAAAAAAAGGGUCUUUAUUACCUCCUCCACCUUUACUUCCAAACCCAACUUCAUUUUCAUUGCAAAAUGACCAACUCACCCAUUCUCAUUUUCCAUUGCAUGCAUUCCAAACUUCCUUCCCAAUCACUCAUGAUAUGUCACAACAAAAUUUCACCCUGCAGAAAGAACCCAAUAUUCCAAAAACAGAGGCUACAUUCUAUGAAUUAUACCAAUCACAAUCAAUAGAUGAUGUUGUUAACUUGAGAUGGAUUGACCAUAUUAAUAAUUUUCAAAGUUCAUUCCCUCUUGAGAUGAAUGAUGAUGAUGAGUUGAUUGCAUUCUCAUCAGGAGCUGAUUCAAAUGCUGAAUUUAGGGACAUGUCAACUUCAACACCCUUUAAUAGUAGACUAGCCUUAGAUGCUUCUGUUGGAAUAGAUUCUUGGUCACAGCCCCAACUUGUCUAGACUACCUACUCUAUCUACUAACUAGUGUGUGUUGUAACUUGUAGCAUAAAUAAUAAUUAGUACUAUCACUAUGUCUCAUCAACCUAGCUA